CCGACGCGCACGCGCAUGGAGGGGCGCGCGAGCCCCCCGGACGAGGCCCGGCGCGCGCCGCCGGCCGUGCUGUGCCGCGGCCCCGUGGAGCCGCAUUUCCUCGCCAACUUCGCUUUGGUCCUGCAGGGCCCGCUCACCACGCAGUACUUGUGGCACCGCUUCAGUGCCGACCUCGGCUACAAUGGCACCCGCGACAGGGGCAGCUGCAGCAACCACAGCGCGGACCCCAUCAUGAAGGAAGUGGAGACCCUUACCUCCCACUGGACCCUCUACAUGAACCUGGGCGGCUUCCUUGUGGGGCUCUUCUCAUUCACCCUGCUGGGUGCCUGGAGUGACUGUGUGGGCCGCCGUCCACUGCUGGUGCUGGCCUCACUGGGCCUGUUGCUGCAGGCUCUGGUGUCCAUCUUUGUCGUGCAGCUGCAACUCCACGUCGGCUACUUCGUGCUGGGCCGCAUCCUUUGCGCUCUCUUUGGGGACUUCAGUGGCCUCCUGGCUGCUGGCUUUGCCUCCGUGGCAGAUGUCAGCUCCAGCCGCAGCCGCACCAUGCGAAUGGCCCUGCUGGAAUCGUGCAUCGGGGUGGCGGGGAUGUUGGCGAGCCUUCGGGGCCACUGGCUCCGGGCCCAGGGUUACGCCAACCCCUUCUGGCUGGCCUUGGCCUUGUUGAUAGCCAUGACUCUCUAUGCAGCAUUCUGCUUUGGUGAGACGGUGAAGGAGCCAACGCCUGCCCGGCUCUUCACGCUCCGUCACCACCGAUCCAUUGUCCGGCUCUACGUGACUCCCGCCCCAGAGAAGUCCAGGAGGCAUUUAGCCCUGUAUUCCUUGGCCAUCUUCAUGGUGGUCACUGUGCACUUUGGGGCCCAGGACAUCCUGACCCUCUAUGAACUGAGCAAACCCCUCUGCUGGGACUCCAAGCUGAUCGGCUACGGUUCUGCAGCUCAGCACCUCCCGUACCUCACCAGCCUGCUGGGCCUGCGGCUUCUGCAGCACUGCCUGGCUGACGCCUGGGUGGCCGAGAUUGGCCUGGCCUUCAACAUUCUGGGGAUGGUGGUCUUUGCGUUUGCUACCAUCACACCCCUCAUGUUCACAGGGUACGGGCUCCUCUUCCUGUCAUUGGUUACCACACCCAUCAUCCGGGCCAAGCUCUCCAAGCUGGUGGGCGAGUCAGAGCAGGGUGCUCUCUUUUCUGCUGUGGCCUGCGUCAAUGGCUUGGCCAUGCUGAUGGCUUCUGGCAUUUUCAACUCGCUCUACCCAGCCACCCUGAACUUUAUGAAGGGGUUCCCCUUCCUCCUGGGAGCUGGUCUCCUCUUCAUCCCGGCCAUUCUGAUUGGGGUGCUGGAAAAGGCUAAUCCUCGUCCUGAAUUCCAGCAGUUUCCUCAGAGCCCCUGAUCUGCCUGGACCCGAGGACAGAGGGCAGUGGGAGCAAGUGAACACUAACUAGCUGAAAGCAUGCGUCUGGCUCCCAGCAACGCCAGCACCACCCCGCAAAGGCAAGUGUCUGCCUUGGAAAAAGUGGUCAAGCUACACUGCUGUGCCAGCCUAUGACUCUAAUCUAGAAUUGUAACCCACACAGCCCCACUCCAGGAGGCAGCGGGGAGCCAUCUGGACUAUUUACCCUUGAUGCCAUCAGUCGUAUAGAACCCUCCAGGGGAGAGGAGAGGUCCCUAAUGCAGGUGAAGCCUCAGGGACCAGUUGAAGCAUGAGGGCUGGCGUCUGUGCUUCCAGCCCACACUGCACAGCUCACAGGGCUCAGUUCCUGGUGUGCAGCCACCAGUCACUUCUGGGGUUGGAUGCGAUUCUGAGGGGAGGGGUGGGAGGGGCUGGGUCCCUUCUGGAAAGUGCUGCUGUCUCUGGCUGGAAUCCAUCCUCUGGGCUUCACAGUGCCAAUCACAAUAAAUCCAUAUAAUCACACUGAA